UGUCUACCUGACUACGUUACAUAUGAAAAAGAAAACAGAAUGGUUUCAGAAGCAUGGCAAGGUGCCUAUGUUACCCAUCUCCGACCACUUCAAACUCUAAUAAACAGAGCACAAAUUCUGCUUCACUCCAUUGCUCUCCUUCUCUUAAUUUUCUACAGACUUUCAUUUUUCUUCCUAAACCAACAACCCAAACACUUCUUUCCAUGGCUUUUGGUUUUCAUUUCUGAGCUUCUUCUUGCUUUCAUUUGGCUACUUGGCCGAGCCUUUCGAUGGCGCCCCCAAAUUACCAAACAUGUCCUACUUCCCCCGGACAAACUGAGGCCGCAGCUUCCGCUUCCCGCCAUAGAUGUUUUUAUUUGCACUGCCGACCCGGAGAAGGAGCCCACCCUCGAAGUCAUGAACACUCUGAUUUCGGCCAUGACUUUGGACUACCCACCCGAUAAGCUUCACAUUUACUUUUCCGACGACGCUGGCUCUCCGGUCACUCUACAUGGGGUCAGAGAAGCGCGGCGGUUUUCACGCUGGUGGGUUCCCUUCUGCAGAAAGUAUGGAAUUACGCAGCCAUGUCCCAUGGCUUAUUUCUCGCAUGCCCCAGAGGAUCGCCGCCGUGAUAUUCCGAGGGACGAUGAAUUUGUGGAGCAGAAGUUAAUCAAAGAAAAGUAUGAAGAGUUUAAGAAUGGGAUUAGGGAUGGAACGAAAAAGUGGGCUGGAGAUGCCGCCGUUAGCUCUCGUGUUGAUCACCCUGCAUUAGUCCAGAUAAUAAAGUGUAAUAACGAUGAUAGCGAUGAUGGUGAAGAGAAAUCAAGAAAUGAAAUAGAACUACCUCUACUUGUGUACGUAGCUCGGGAGAAAAAACCUUCACAUCCACACCAUUUCAAGGCUGGGGCCCUUAAUGUUCUUCUGCGAGUGUCAGGAGCGAUGAGCAAUUCACCAUACAUAUUAGUGUUGGAUUGCGACAUGUACUGCAAUGACUCAACUUCAGCCCGUCAAGCAAUGCAAUUUCAUCUUCAUCCCCAUUUCUCCAACUCUCUCUCUUUCGUUCAGUUCCCUCAAAAGUUCUACAAUGCCACCAGAAACGACAUUUACGACAGCCAACUCAGAUCUUUCUUCACGGUGGAAUGGUCCGGCAUGAACAACCUUCAAGGUCCUGUUCUCUCCGGCACAUGCUUUUACAUCAAGAGGUUUUCCUUGUAUGGAACAUCCCCACAUGAUAAGGAUUCUUCAAAGCAUAUUCGAGAUUUCGAGGCAUCUAACAAGUUCAUCAAAUCCAUGAACGAGAAUAACAGAUCAAGAGAUAUUGCAGUGGAAGAGGCUCAGCAUUUAGCUUCAUGCACCUACGAAACUGGAAGUAAAUGGGGUCAAAAGGUUGGGUUUUUCUACGAUGCAUUGGUGGAGGAUUUCUUGACAGGUUUGGCUUUACAUAGCCAAGGGUGGAGAUCGGUUUUUAGCAAUCCAGAGAGGCCACAGUUCUUAGGGAGUGGGACUACAAAUCUAAACCAGGUGUUGCUUCAAGAAACAAGAUGGAGCUCUGGGUUGUUAGAAGUCGCCACUUCGAGAUUUUGCCCUCUGUUUUACGGCAGUCAAAGAUCGAUGAUGAGUCUGUUGCAGAGAAUGUGCUAUGCUCAACUUUCCUUUUUUCCUUUGUAUUAUUCAUUCCCCAUAUGGAUCUUAGCUACCAUCCCUCACCUCUGUUUGCUCCAUGGGAUACCUAUUUUCCCUAAGGUUUCAAGUCCCUUCUUCCUAGUAUAUUGCUUCAUCUUCAUCUCAGCAACAUUCUCUCACUUGCACGAGGUUUUAAUUUCAGAAGGCUCAGUUAAAAAAUGGCUAAACGAACAGAGGAUAUGGAUGAUAAAGGGAAUCACUGCUCGUUCGUAUGGAAGUUUAGAUAUUUUGAUGAAGAAAUUUGGGGCAAGAAAUGUUAGCUUUGUUCCAACAAACAAAGUGACAGAUGAUGACCAAAUGCAGAGGUACGAAAUGGACGUGUAUGAUUUUCAAGCUUCAAUCCUAUUUCUUGCUCCAAUGGCGGGCCUUGUCGUCUUGAAUCUCGUCGCCUUAGCAGUCGGAUUGGGGAGAAUUGUAGCGAGUCUUGAAAAUUGGGAGGAAACAUUCGGGCAGCUCUUUCUUUGCUUCUAUAUAUUGUUGAUGAGUUUCCCUAUCAUAGAGGCCAUGGUUUUAAGAACUGAUAAAGCCUGCUUUCCAUUUAAAGUCACUUUAGGAUCCUCAUUGGUUGUGUUGCUGUUUUUGUAUUUGCUGUCUGUUUAGUUUAUGUAAUGUUCAGGAGGAUCUUGUUUGAGUUAAUAAUUAACCCAAUGUGAUGGAAGGGAUUAAGUUUUUCUUUUUUUUGUUUGUUUGUUUUUAAUAAAAGAAAGACUUGUUAUACAUUGUUGACA